AUGAAAAAACAUUUAGAAAGUGAAGUACGAUUAGCAGAUACACCAUAUGGUUUAAGAAUGUUAACUGGACGAGAACCAUUAACAAAUCCACAAGAUAAUUCUAUAUGGAUGGAUGCAUCACAAGAUUGGUCUGUAUUAAAUUUAUGGUUUAAUAUAGAUUUAGAUAGUGCAUUAAUACAAUCGGAAAAAGGCUUAAAUCAUGUAAGACAAACAUUAAAUGAUCAAUGGAAUAUACAUAGUUUAUAUGCAGGUGAGAUGGUUGUGGUAUUGGAGGAAAACCGUGGACGAUAUAUUCGACUUUUUCAUGCAUAUACUCGACGUCGUAUUCAUAGAAUGGUUAAAUCACAAACAUUCUACUGGAUUGUCAUUAUUCUUGUAUUAAUGAAUACAGCUGUACUAGCAAGUGAAUACUAUGGACAACCAGAGUGGUUAACUUAUACUCAAGAAAUAGCCAAUCGAAUAUUUGUCAUAUUAUUUUCAUUUGAAAUGCUUCUUAAAAUGUAUUCACUUGGUAUAACUGGUUAUUUUGUAUCAAAUUUUAAUCGUUUCGAUUGUUUUGUUGUUAUUGCAUCAAUUAUUGAAUUUGUUCUUAUUUAUCGAGAUUUAAUGCCACCAUUAGGUAUAUCUGUGCUUCGUUGUGUUCGUCUAUUACGUGUAUUUAAAGUGACACGUUAUUGGACAGCAUUAAGAAAUUUAGUUGCAUCAUUACUUAAUUCAAUGAAAUCUAUAGCAUCAUUACUUUUGUUAUUAUUUUUAUUUAUUGUCAUAUUUGCUUUAUUGGGUAUGCAAAUGUUUGGAGGAAAAUUUGAUCGAAUAUUUGAAGUUGAAGAAAAACCAAGAAAUAAUUUUGAUUCAUUUUGGAGUGCACUUAUUACAGUUUUUCAAAUUUUAACAGGUGAAGAUUGGAAUGAAGUAUUAUAUACGGGUAUACGUGCACUUGGUGGUCUUGGUCUUGUUGGUACGGUUGUUUGUGUUUAUUUUAUUGUUUUGUUUAUUUGUGGUAAUUAUAUAUUACUCAAUGUAUUUUUGGCUAUCGCCGUUGAUAAUUUGGCUGAUGCUGAAAAUUUAACUGCAGCUGAAGAAGAAGAACAAAAGAAACGAGAAGAAGCCAAAUUAGGUGAAGGAAGUAAACUCAAUGGAGAUGUACCAGGAGCAAAUCAGUAA